AAUAAGCCCCGUAUUUAUAGGCGUGUCAACAGAGUUUAAAUACUUCAGCGUAAUUCGGUGCUUUUACUUUUUCACGAGGGUGAAAGAAUCACAUAAGCUACUGCGUGGUGUCUUGAACUUUACAAAAUGGCAAACACAGAUCAACUUGAUAAUGACAAUGUCUUUUCCGUGGGUGUAAGUUCAUAUGGACGGUGUGAGGUCAGUCAUGAUGGACACAUUAACAUACAAGACCUGACAAUCAAGAUUGAGGAAAAUGCAUAUAAAAUUUGUAACGAUUUUCUCAAAAUAAAAAAAAAUUAUCAUCUAAAGAUUCCCGACUACCUGUUUAAACAAAUCCCUGUCUAUCCAACCCCCGUUGAGUUUCACAUCUCUGAGGUGACCCAUGUCACUGACGAAUAUGCUCUUCAGGAAAUCUGGAAUUCAGAGGGAUUCAAGGCAUGGGGAAAUAAAGAUGACAAAUUCUCAUGGUGGAGCCUGAAGAUCAAUGAGGAGAGUAUAAAAGAAGCCGAGGAGCAUUAUCUAGAGGAGAUGUUCCCAGACAGAACCCAAGAGCAAAGAGAAAAGCAGGAGACAUUCCUGAAUAAAUUCACAACAUCACCUGCAUUCGACAUUCAGAAAUCACGCUUUGGUAACUUUCGGUUCACAUUUCCUCUGAAUGAACUGAUGGAAGCAUACAAGAAUCAGAUGUGUGGAGGGAAAGAUCCGGUUCUCAGGGCAUACAAGACCACAUUUUACAGACAAGAGAUUAUGUAUGUUGUUCUUAUUCACAGCCCAGAAGUGAAUGAGAAGUUUGAGAAAUUCCCAGAGAUUGAAUCUAGUUUAUUGUUUGAUUAUAAGAAGGAUACAAUUAUCUGGAAGGCACAAGCAAUUUGUGAAAACCUUAAAUAUCAGUUGCUACUGGAUAAAGAGAAAAAAAUAGCAGAGACGGAACAUGUUAUCAACCAGUACUAUGUGUGGGAUCAUGUUGCCUUGGCAUUUCACUUCAACGGAGUUCUACAUUUCCCUAAAGAAAAGCUUAAAGAGAGCAUCACAUAUUGUGAAAUAGACGAAAUAAACCUUUCACGAAGUGAUCCCUUGUCACUUAAAGAAGCUGAAGAGAUAAUACACCAUUAUACUUCCUUGUAAGCCUAUGACAAUCAUGACAUGAACCAUGACAUAUCCAGUUCACAUGCACUGUGUGAUGAAUGAAACAUACUGAAAAAACAUAUGUUAAUCAUGUUUGGAAGAGUUUCUACAAUCUU